UCUUAUCUUUCUGACCUCUCUCCCUUUGUUCUUCAUGAUGCUGAUCUCCUGUUUGUCCUCAUUCCUCCCGGCCUCUAUGUCCCCAAGGAUCAGCGGGUCCUAGCUUUGAGCGAAGUUGAGUGAAUUGUAAUGUUUAUGUUUAGUAUUCCAUUUGAACGUUCCUGUUCUGAUCAAGGUUGCAUAAUAAUAUGCUCUGAAGUGAGCCAAACAUGAGCCCUUUUGUGUGCUCAUGAUGAGGUGGACCCAAGUUUCUCACUGACUCAUUGAAGUGUAAGAUCUUUUGUGUAUUAGGUGUCAGAUAUCUU